AUCUCCUUCCCCACACGCCAUUGUUUUUACACUAUCUACACUUACACACCAUGCCCAGUGUCAUCAAUACGAACCUCACAUCGUCGUCUGCACCAUCAGAACUCGACUUUGUCGCAGACGAUGCUGUCUAUUUCAAUUCUUCGCCCAACUCGACCAAGGAUCCGUCAAGCUCAGCUAGGACUGUACAGGAUCUGAAGGACAGCAACCGCCGUCGAUGGAGCGAUCCUGAAGACGAGGUACAGGAUACACUCGAUUUAUGAACCCAACGAGGCAAACAACGGUAGCACAGCGACUAUCAUCGAGAAGAACAUAUGCUGAUAACGAACACAUCCUACCUUCAACAAUUAGUUUUCAGUGCCGAUUUACACGGAGCAUCCAUUGAUCACCAAGAAGCCCUUGAACAUGUCUUCUUUCCUUCUUAAUUACCGGGCAAUGCAUCGUUCUAUCGAGAUCAUGACGCCUCCUGCCAUGCAGAUUAACGAUGAGGUAUGUCAGUUUGCUAUCCGUAUGUUUGUUUACAUUGCGAGCAGCAGCCAAAAUAGACAUCUGCUAAAUAGGGACAACACGGAAGCGGGAAUGCCCGUUAUAUUACGAUCCAAAGAAGCAAAUACGGCCAUGGUAUGCAUGCACGUGCCAACCAUCCUUUUUUUUUUGUCAUUCUGUCAAAAAUAGGCCAUGCCUACGAGCUCGAUGACUACAUCGCCCUUGCACCCGACAAUUCCGGAUGGACCCAUUUAUAUCCACCACCGAUCGACCACGACAGGAUGUGCAUUGUCGAAUGUGGUCUCUUGUUCACAUAUCCAUUGCUUUGAACACAACCGACAGCCAUACUCAAUUGCAAGGUAAAAAAAAAAAAAGGGGUCCCAAAUCAAAUAUUGUUUGCGUAGAGUCAAUUGCUAUGGAGUUGGAUGUCCGAGUGCGCUUGAACUCACUUCUUCCUGCCGCGCGCACACAUUCUGGGGGUGUUUUUUUUUUUUUUUUU